GUUAUGUCACAUCCAAUCCUUGUCCUAUAAUUGCUAUUAAGUACAUUUAUCAUUUUUGCUUUACUUACAAUAGAUAAUUAGAUUGCAAUUUUUAUUUAAUUAAAGUAAUAUGCACUAUUACCACUCGAAACUUUAAAUAAGUUGCACGUAAAUAUGUAUGUACAUAUAGUAUGUAUUUUCAAAGGUAAAAUCGGUAAUUGAAAUUAAUUUUUGAUCUUUUUAAUUUUAUUAUUAUUUUUAUAUACUAAAUAUUGUUUUAAUUGCAAUUGUAAAAAUUAUAAUGUAAACAGUAAACAUUUGUAUAAAGUGUAUCCUCAAUCAAAAUCGAUUUAGGAAUUGGGAAAUAGUAAAUGAAUUACUUUUUGACAAUUUAUGUUACUAAUUGCUAAAUUGAAAGCCAUUCAAGGCGUUAUACUCCAAUAUGUGAUAACAGAAAAAAUCUCGUUGAUGAAAAAACAUCAUGUUUAUCAAUGGAAACGUGAAAUACAUAUGUAUAUGUGUAGGUAUGUAUGUACAUUUCAUACAUAUUUACGUUCGCCAUUUUUGAAUGCAAUUGUAUGAAGCUUAGAAUUUCUCAAAGCGCAGUUAUUUUUGUAGAGGUUUGGGUGGUAGGGGGCAAAUUUAUUGUGUUAAAGAUCCUCUAAUGGGAAGCUCAGGAAAUGCGCUGUUCCGACGGACCAUAGAGAGCAGGUUUUGAAUAAUUAGGGUCUCGUAGGGCACGCAAAGAUAUGAGCAUUGCCUCACAUUUGUAAAAAAAAUAGUUGUAUUUUGUCUGGUUAUACCCAUUAUAAGUUUCUGCAAAGAUUUUGAUUUAUACUUUUGCUAAGAUAAAAUUCUUAAGCCUCUUUCCGCACUUUUUUUCUUUGCUUAGCUGUAAAAUGGUAUCUGUACAUGUAAACGGUCCAUGAGCCUUUAAGCGUACGUCCUAUUCGCAGCAUUUCUACUAUAUAUGUAUGUAACUAUACAUACAUAUGUAUGUAAAAAUAUUUAUUUGCUUUAUGACACGUCCUUAUUAAUACUAAAAUUUAAUGUUCUUCCUAUACAUAUUUGCAGAUUCGGUUUUUGUAAAUAUGUCAUUAAAUAAACUGUUUAAAAAAACGGGGAAAAAACGAUGUAUACCUUAUAUUUCAUUUUUGUUUUAUAUAUGCAUGUAUCUUAAUAUAUCAACUAAAAUGUUUACAAUAAAAAAAUAAAUUUUUAAUUAUAUAUGUAAAUCCUUGUAGUAGUACGGGGAAUCCCGCUCACAUCUGUUUUGUUGCUUUGGAUUGAGAAACAAUUUUUGUGUGGCGGUGACUUUAUUAUCAUGCAACACUGUUCAUUUAUGCACAUGUUUUUGAAAUUGUAACGUUAGCAACACUGAAUCGUUUCAAUUCAAUAUGUGUCAGAAACAUUUUGCUGGCUGGCCGUUCUGUGCUUGAGGAAUAGUGUGAAUAUUGAAACGGGGCGAAAGUUAAACGGCGACUGACUUAUUUAAUGAUAUGUCAAAAAUUUUAUUCGCUAAUUUGUGGCAGAAAUAAAUAAAAUAUACCAAGUGAAAUUUGUGUAGAAUUAUUCACGAAGUGAAUAUAUGUAGACAAUUCUUGAAAUUGUAAUUAAAUUCCUUCGAAAAACGUGUAGGCAUUUGAUUGAAAUCUGAUUUGAUGAAGUGAAAAAAGUGGUAGCUACAUCGCAGCAAGGCUAUGUAGAGAAGAAAAAAGAAAUUUUGUAUGAAAAGGAAAAUGAAAAUAUUCGCUUAGUGCUAAAUAUUUUGCAGCUUUCAUCUUUUUGCUAUUGAUGCAUUUGAAUAAAGUGCGUUUUGAGAGAAAAAUUUGUAAUUCAGUAAAGUAAAAUGAAUAGAAAGAAAAUUAGAAACAGAAACACUACAUACGAGGAAAAUUAGAGACUACGAAAAAUACCACGUACAGAAAGAGGAUAAAAGUUGGACAAGCGAUAAUUUCAAGGGAUAAGCGACAAAGAAAGAUAAGGAAAUUGAAUAAAAGAGAACUAGAAUUAAGUCAUUCAAACGAGGCAGCAACGUUGCUAGCGAUUGCGGUAGCAGUUUUUCGACACCAACGUUGGCACCGCGACGUUGACGACAAAUUUCUACCGAUCAAGCGGAAAAGGUUGAAAUAACAUAAAACUAGGGGAACAGAAAACUUGGACGUCGACAGCACGACGAAGGCGGUGGCCGUCAGUUGUCAACUUCUGUUUUGACAAUGAAUAGUAUAUAAUUUAAUAUCAGCAAUUAAAGUAAAAACAUUACAACGAAGAGGUUCGAAGUUGAAUAAAAACAAAUAAUCUUCUUAAGUGUAUCUAUUAAAAUUUUCAACAAAUACAGCGCGCACUUGAACGUACAUAUUGUGCGUAAGUGCGUGCGUUAAGACGGUCAGUCAAGUGGCAGCGACGGUAUAGAUAUUUAAUAAAAGUGAACGUUCUGAAGUUUCCAAAUAUCGCACAAUAUGGAAUAUCUAUGGGCUGGCGGUUAUGUAUAUAUGAAUGGAGAUGCAGUCAAGUUACAACCACCUGUUGCAAACACAAUUUACGCUCAUGUACCCGUUGAAACAGCGAUGCUAGCCACAACUAAUCUUUACGGGCCGACAACGCAAUUGGCAGCACCAGCCGCAACACAUAUUCCUUUGAUAGCUACCACAGGACCCCAACCACCACAUCCACAAGCUCUGCAAGUGGCUGCUGCACCCCCACCCAGCCAACACCAACACCAACAUCAGCAUACACAAUUAAUAUCGCAUACUCAUCCACACGCACACACACAUUCACAUAGUGCAGCUGUCGCCGCUGCUGCUGCUGCUGCCGCCGUAGCCGGUCCGCACACACAGCAACCCCCUAGUGCUGGUGCCUCUCUACAAACGGUGCCAACUGCCACGCAUCAAACCGCACAUUUACAAUACGCUCACCAACCACAAACAGUGGCACAGGUUGCUACUGGCGGACCAGCCGUAACAACAAUUGAUAGCUCAGAGUACGCAGCCGCCGUCAUGAAUGGCACAAUUGCACAGGACGGCUCUACCGUCUGCUACGCGCAACAGGAUGAGUUGUCCGGUGUAGCGGCAGGAACGAAUUUAAUAGCGGUCGAUGUUUCGAUGGCGGGAACUCCUUCUGUAGGCUCUCAUCAAACACAACAACAUUCUCUUGGUAUAAGUAAUGGUCCGCAUCAACAUCAGUCACACCAGCAUCUUAAUAAUACGAAUUCAGUAGACAACUCCGGCAUACCGUUAGAUCAGCUAAAACAAAUGUUAUCAACGCAGUUAGAAUACUAUUUUUCCAGAGAGAAUUUAGCCAAUGACACCUAUUUGCUAACACAAAUGGAUAGCGAUCAGUACGUGCCUAUCAUAACUGUGGCCAACUUUAAUCUUGUUAAGAAGCUUACCAAGGAUAUCAAGCUGAUCACGGAAGUGCUUAGAGAGUCUCCAAAUGUGCAAGUAGACGAAGACGGUUUGCGUGUGCGUCCUAACCACAAACGUUGCAUUAUCAUCUUACGAGAAAUUUCUGAAAAGACACCUGUAGAAGAAGUAAAGAAUAUUUUUAAUAAUGAAAAUUGUCCACGUGUCAUAUCAUGUGAAUUUGCUGGAAAUAAUUCAUGGUAUAUAACAUUUGAAUCAGAUGAAGACGCCCAAAAGGCCUUUAAAUAUUUGAGGGAGGAUGUAAAGAUGUUCAAGGGAAAGCCCAUAAUGGCUAGGAUGAAAGCGAAACCCUUCAUAAAUCGGCUGCCAAUCGCACCGGUUGCGCCAUUGAAGAAUGGGUUCCGAAUAACUUCGCCGCCAGCAGCGGUAUAUGAUCCUAAUGCGGCAGCGACUGCCGUUGCAUACAAUACAGCUCCGCAACGAUUUGUCUAUGCUACGAAUGGUGCCGCAAUGACACAGGCAUCGGUACCUUAUAAUGCUCCUGUAAUAUUUCAAUCUUUCCAACAGCAACAAUUCUAUCCUGGUAUUGUUGCAACCACACCGUGGCCACCGGCGGCUGCUGCUGUAGCAGCAGCCGCUACCACAGCACACGGUCAAAAUUUUUAUGAGCUAGGAAAUGUGUUUGCCACUAAUGGGUUGACACCACAAGCUGCUGUGCCCACAGCGUACACAACUUCUGCUCCACAACAAUCUGCUACGCCAUUGCCGGCGUCAUCGAAAGGGCAAAGCGGCGGCGGUCGCUAUAAUAACCAUCGCAAUAACACCAGCAGUGCUGGUGGUGGUGGCCGCAACAAGUUGCGUAGCAACACUGCACAACAGCAACAACAACAAUCUCAACCCUUACCGGGUAUGAUCGCUACGCUUGGUAAUGUCGUUGGUAGUUUAGUAAGCGUUGUACCAACAAUAAUGGACCCGCACCAACAGCAACAACAAACGCAGCAACAAAAUCAACAGCCUCAGCAUCAAAUGCAACAACAGCAGACGACUUCAAGUCAAGUGCAACAGCAGCAGCAAGUGCCGCAAUCUCAACAACAACCACAAAAUGCUUCAAGGCAUUACAACAACAUAAAAAAUAGUGCAGGUGGAAUGAAUAAAGCUAUGGAUAAGCCCUAUGGUGGAGGGAGUAUGUCGAGUCACAUACACUAUGCAACUCAAACACAAUCGAGCGCUGGCCCUUCCCAUCAUCAUGCGUCGUCCCAGCAGCAACAGCAGACGAAUGCUGUAACUGCCGGUUCACAUAAUAGCACUCAAAAUCACUACCAAUUGCCUUCCGCGACUGCAGCUGUAGCGGCCGCCACAUCUACAAAUCUACAACAUACUUCCUUUGCGCAUGCUACGCCAACCGUAUCGGUGCAGCAACAGCAUCACCAUCAUCAGCAACAGCAACCACAUUUGCACGGCCAACAUGUUGCUGAUCUGCAAGACGAUGGCGGUGUUUUAGGUAUGGGUGCUAGUGGUGAGUUGGUACAGCAACAACAGCAGCAUCAGCAGCAGCAAUCAUCGCAUCCUCACCAACAGCAACAGCACAGCAGAAGUAAUCUGUCUAGUUCAACAUCGUCGCUGGCGACGUCGUCGUCUGUUGGUGUCGGUGUGGUGGGGAAGGAGCCGCCAAUGCAUUGGACGCAGCCGCGACAUCGUCGUCGGAGACGUGAUGACGAUGGCAGCGUUAUGACAUAUACGCCAAGCACUCGACUGGGUGGUGGCGCCGGAGUUAGCGGUGGGCAGCAAGCCUACAUUGGUGGUAGCGUAUCAUCACAUCAUCAAUCGCAGCAACAGCAGCAACAACAACAACAAUUACAAACACAACAAUCGUCCAACUCCGGCAAUACGCUGCAAUUAUCCUCAAAUGUGGGUAAUAAUACUCCAAUGUCGUCACAAAGCAGUGGCGGCGGUGCCAGUGUGCAUCAUGGCCAGCGCGGUGAAGGUGUCCAUCAUGGCGGCGGCGGCUCAAGUUACAAUUCACAUCGCGAAGAACAUCGAGGUGGCUACAAAGGCAAUAAUUAUAAUCCACAUUAUAAUAGCGGUGGUGGAAUGGGUCAUCACUCGCAACAUUCGGGGGCGUCACAUCAUCAUCACCAUAGUGGCGGCGGUCCAUCACAGCAGCACCACCAUCACCAUUCAUCGUCGCAUCAUACGGGCUCAACGCAUCAUUACCACCAUCAUCGCCACGAAGUAGGUGGUGGUGGUGGUGGUGGUAGCGGUGGUAACGGCCUAAGUGGAGGUGGCACGAAUGGUGCUCAUGGCAUAAGCGAUCGCAGCAAUGAUCGCAGUGGCGGUCAUGGACAUCACGGUCAGCAGCAGCAACAGCAACAUGUGCCGCCGCCACAACCACCACAAUUCGAUUUAGAAGCAGCAGCUUUUCCGCCACUGCCAGCGACUUCGUCGUCCACAGCUUCCUCUUCCUUAGCGUCUACUGGUGCGGCUUCCUCAAAUAGUAGUGGUAGCAACAGUAAUAAUGUUGCGGUGUCAAGUACUAAGCAAUCUUCGAACACGACACCACAUCAUCAUCAACAUCAACAGCCUCUUCAGCAACAGCAACAACAACAACAACAGCAGCAGCAGCCUCAGCAGUCUUACGGUGGUGGCGGAAAUGAUGGAAGCAUAAGUGGCAGCGUAGAUGUGCCAACGCAAAAAACAAGCUACCUGCAGCAGCAACCCCAACUACAGCAACACAAUCAGUGUUUAAGCCCUUCUAUUGCAGUACAGCAAUCUAAUAGUUCCUCGUCGGCGGUAACUGGUGUAGCAGCGAAUGUCAGUGGUGGUGGUAGCGGUAGCACUGGCAGCGUUGGUAGUAGCCACCAAAACCACAGCAGCGCCAGCGGCGUCGCCAACAGCAGUGGCUGGUCCAAUGAGAACCGUUUGGCAGAUGUUGUGCGCUCAGGCGCGAACAGCGGUGGUAAUGGGAAGAUUAAAUCUCGCAAAGAUUCCGCCCACAGUAACAAACAACAACAAAACUAUCAACAACGUAAUGCCGGUGCUUGUACCACCAUCAGUCCCACCACAACAACGUCCAUCAACGCUACAGAAGGUGCUUUUCCAGCUGAUGAACCAAAUAUGCCAUCAGCAGCUACAACAACAAAGCCAAACAAUAAGUCCUCGACAUUGAAUAAGCAAAACUCAAAUGCUAAUACAAACUACACAACCACCGCCUCCUCAUCCAACAACACUGUGAUAAAGUGUCCAACACAAUCCAAACAAACCAAUGCCUAUAGUUUGACUGGCGGCAAUGCAUCAUUCGACAGUAAUACUGUUGACCACCUUAAACGGAAUAACCGUAAAUUCACUGGUGAAAAACCCAUAAACAAGACUGAGGAUUUGCCUGCUUCCGCGGCGACACAAGAAGCAGGAUGUAAACAGCAGCAGCAGUCACAUGCUGCCAACGAUAACAAUGGCAGCAACGAGCUGCAUCAGCAACACAAUCAUCGCGGCAGUGGCUGCAGCGGCCCAAACUCCAUUUCGGGCGGUGCCAUCAAAAGCGCUAAUGCAGUGCUUUCACCAACACCAUCUACAGCCGGUGCGCUCAGCGGCAGUGGCGUGGGCGGUGGCAUCACUAGCAACAGCAGUGCCAGCAAUAAUGGCCAACAAGCCGUUACAUGCAGUGUUGCUACCAUGACCACAAAUUUUGCCGAUUGCAGCCUAAGCAAUCACAAGAAACCGCCUGCAGUUGCAGAUUUACUAGCCAAAAAGGCAACGCCAAAAGAUGCUACGAAGCAUAAAAAUGCUUCCACAUCUACGAACACUGCUUCAAUUGAAAACAUUGCGGCAGCACAAACAGGCAUACCUAUAGCGAAUGCCACAAGUGCGACAAAUAAUAACAGUUCACGCUUAAGCUACGCGCAAGUAGCUCAACAUCACAAGGAGCGCGCCGUCGCCGAUGGUGGUAACAAGAGUUCUGAGAACUCGGCCUCAGGCAAUGCAUCACCUGUGGCUGUGCCCAAUAAAAGCGAACUGUCAGCUUCAACAAUGAAUAUUAAUAAAUAUGAGACUGCUAAUAGCAUUAGUGGAGCGGGUGGUGUAGUCAGUGCUGUUAUUGGGGCGGCGACGGCGACCGCAACAGUCGCGACAGUACCUUCAUCAGCAGCAGCAGCUGCUGCAUUGCAGUAUGUGGAGACACAAAGCGACAAACCGAUAGGCUUUGACAAGCAACGUGGCAUAACGACUGUUGGCCAAGCGUUGACGAGUGCAGCCACCGGCACCACUGCCGCAGGCAACAAUAGCGGCAGUGGCGGUGGUGGCAACAACACAGGUGCUGUGAUUAACAGCGCAAGUAAUGUAGUGACAUUACGUGCGGAAAUUUCCAAAGAUAAAGAUGCUUUACGCGAGAAUCGCCAAAGCACCGGCAGCAAUAAUAGCGGAAGCAGUGGCUUCAGUAGUAGCGGCGCUCUUAGCAAUAAUACGGCCACCCAAUCCACGCUAGCGACGAGUGCACGCAAUCGCACCAACGAUAGCAAAGAGAAGAAUGUGCGCGAACGACACGACACUGCCGAAAGCAGCAGUAGCGGACGCAAGUCGGGACGUAAUUAAUCCUUAGUUGUGAUGUUCACCAAAGGAACUGAAAUAUUUGGCUUAGGAACAGCAUUUCACACACAUACAUAAAGUACACAAUUGCUUACACACACACACGCACACUCACUUGCAUAGUGCCGAAAUUAACAACACAUAUAUGCAGCCAAUGUAGAAUAGAAAGCCACACAGAGAAUUUUCAGUAUUGUCUACGUAUGUAGCAGCAGAAAUUUAACGCGUACGCAAAGUAUCCGAUCGUUGAAUUAGGAGGCGCUAAAGCAAUUUAUACAUACGCAGACAAACACUAACCAAAAUUCUUUGACUUUCUUUAACAACAACAAAAGUUGACAUAAAUUUGUGAGAAGUGGUGUUUUUUUUUGCAAAAUUUUGUGUGUGAAACUAUUUAAAUUUGAAUCGUGAACAUAUUUGCAACGUUUCGAAAUUAUUGUGUUCCAUUAAAAUACUGUUUGGCCUGCAUUACACAAACUAGCGCAAUUCAUGCUACUAUCACUUUAAGUGGACACACUUGAAUGCCAAACAUGCAAUUGAGCUGCUAAUAUUAAACAACAACAAACAAUUACAGUUGCGAAUAGUUUGCGCAGCUAUAAAUAAAUACAAUAAACACGAACAGCAAAGCAACUAAUUGCAUAGGCUACGCUCCGCCAGAUUUGCUGCUGCAACAAGUCUACUAAUUUAAUAAUACUGUACAACAAUUGUUUUGUAUGAUAUUAAUUAUUCACAAAAAUAAUUGCAAUAAGAAUAGAACUAACGUUGUGGAACAACAAUAUACAGAAAUAUGCUGUUUUAGUUACAUAAAGACGAAUCGCAUACAAUUCGGAGGAUAUGUAUAAAAAAGGAUCAGUCAGAAAUUAUUAUUAUAAAUAUAAUAAUAUAUAUAUAUAACAAAACUUAACCUUAGUUAUUAAGCAAUUGAUAAACGAAAUGUCAAAAUGUCAAACGCAAAUGCAAACGCGUGGCAAACACGAAACGAUGUGCGUUAUUUUUGUACAUAGGGAAGUUAAUUUAAUUUGUCAAUAUAAUAAUAAUGAUUAUAUAUAUAGAUAUUUAUGUUCAUCUAUGCAUUACAGUUACAAGUAAUGUAUAUAUGUAUGUGUGCAAAUAUGAUAUAUGUACAUAUUGAACACUAAAUAUUUACCUAGAACUUAUAUUGGAUGCAAACACACAUACACAUACAUACACCCAAAUGACUGUGUAGAAUUUUAUAAAGGUUUUGCUAGAGACCGCGAAAAACACAAACGAUAUUAAAUAGUAUAUUAAAUUUGUAGUUAGGCAUAUUACAGUGAAUAUUAAAACACGACAAUUUAACGAUAUGGUAUAUAGUUAUUAUAUAUGUAAAAUCUGGAGUGAAUCGAUUGGAGUUAUGGUUUAGUUAUUUUUUCUAUUAUAUUAUUUUGUUACAUUUGAAAGCAAAGUAAAUGAAAAUGAAUUAUAUACAGGUAUAAAGAGGUAUGUUGUUGUUUCAAAGGCCAUAGCAAAAUGUGUGUUUUUUUAGUUGAAGGAAAGUUAUUAUUAUGUUGUCUUAGAAACGCAAACAAAAUGGCACUUCCGAACAACUGAUAAGAAAGUUGACUUUAUAUGCAUUAAAGAAACUAACAUACAUACAUGACAUAACUGAUUUAACGUUAAAAAGAGAUUAUUUGCAAAAUUGGAUAUUAACGAAAUAGUUUUCACUGUUGAACAAUAUAAUUGUCCUUAAGUUAAUUCAUUUUUUGGCAUCAACUCCAGCAACAUUUUACUUCAAUAGCAAUAAAAAAAGGCCAGCAUUUGUUUAAAUGUUUUACUUUGCUUAGUUAAUGACAGUGAGAGUGAUAUGUGAGAUAGCGCUGAAUUUGGAAAAAAAAAAACAAAUUCAAGUGCAGUACUAUCCUUAAAAUGUUGUUUUAGUUUAGUAGCAACAACAAACAUUCUUAUACAGUUUUCGUAAUUGCGCUAAGUGACAGUCCUUAGCUGUGGGUAUGGAAGCAGUUUAUAUCGCAAGGUUACCGUUGUCGUUUAUUAUACGUUAUUUCACGUAUUAUAUUGUUAUCAUAUUUUUAAAUUAGUUUUAACUUAUUUUAUGCCUUACAAAUUCCAAUGUACAUACUUAACAAGUUGAAGCGUAAACACGAUUAAAUAACCAAUGUUGUAGUCCUUUAGGUAAACUGAUUGAACAACAAAAAUUUAGGCGAAGUCACUAACAAAUUAAUGAAACCACUAACAAAACGUAUAAAUUACAUAAUCGUAUGUGCCAUAAUAUAUUAUGCGAAAGUGUGCGUGUGCAAAAUGCAAACAAUUAAGUGUUAAGAAAAAUUAAUGACAAACUUUAGUGACGAUUUCAGCACCAUAUUUUAUGACAACUUUUGAAUUUUUAGUUUUUUGUAAAUACAAAAAUGUUUCGUGGCCAUUUCUCUUGCACAUAAGCUUGACUUUUAGCUCUUAGAAAAGGUUUUUGUUGCCUACAUUUUUGAUGUUGGCCACAUUUUUCAAGUAAAUAUAAUCUUAUUUUCCAAGAUUUCAGCUGAAUUCUUAAGAAAAGAAAUUUUUUCUAACAAAACCAUUCAAUUUAUCUUCAAUGUUAAAGGAAUUGCGUAACAUUGUGUUUAUUUACUUAAAAUACUUUAUAACAA